AUGAAGAUGGAUCCCAUCUCAGAAAAUUUUUCCGAGCUGGUGGCUAUGCUCAUUGAUUUGAAGGAAUGUAUUGAGAAAGCAAAAUCAGGAGAGCUCAGGGAACGAGAUCGUCUGUUUUUCAAGCCCUUCUACAUUUGCCACCCGUUGCUGGAUUCUCUCGCUGAGAAAAUCAAUAAACUCGGCCUGGAUUGGUUCUUUUUGAAUAUACUUUAUAUGUCUGUAAACAAUAGUAAUGCAGCUCAGCUUAGCCAGGAGGAAAUAUUAUCCGUUACGUUCCAGAAAGCAUUUGGUGUUGCGGAUGAGAUUUUGAGAUAUUUACAUUCACGUGAUGUUCGAGUUGAGAAGUUCACACCGGAAAAGCUUCACGGUGUGCUAAGUUUUCUCAGUGACUGGCAAAGAAAGACUGAUGAGCUUAUAGAGACAGGGAUUCGACAAGGUGUAAAGGGGUUGUCGAAAUUAUCCAUUCGUGCGGAUUUUGGUUAUGGUACUAUUUGGAAAUGUUUUUCUGAUCCUACUACAAGCAAAAUUCUGUGGUCAUUCAGUAGUGCGGGCAAUGGUGUUCUUGAGACGACAAAGCUAGUUAUCUUCUACAGCGAGAUUGGAUCGAUAUGCAAGCUCUUCAAUGGUUUCGGUAUAAAUGCAAACAGGGAUGUUCUUGGCGCUCUGGGUUUAUUUAGCGAUGCAACAUCUGUGAUUCUGAGGAUUGCAGUUCGAUUUUGUAAUCUUUGGUUCAAUGGAAAUGGCCCUCAAGUUGUAAAUGUUAUGGAGACUGAAAUUGUUGGUUUGCUUCAGGAGAUUGAUCCUACAAAUCUCGAGUUUCUACAGUUGAAUCUCAGAUUCCUGAAAUAUUCAAUCAACUCCAACAGGCAUUUACGGAAUCGAUGCCUUUUUAUGGUAGAUAACUUUUGCCUCUUUCUUCUCAACUGGUUUGACAGAGAAGAUCUUCAGAAGGACUUAAGUUCCCUUGUGAUUCGCUUUAUUGAGAAUGCACUAGAGGAUUGUGACCAGGAUAUGAACAUUUUACUUACAGAGAUGAAAACAGUGCUAGCGGAGGUUGCAUUUUUCCAUCGUAUUCUGCAUCGCAAUCUUGAAGCAGACGGCGAAGAGAACUCAAUGCUAGAGCACAUGCAGAAGCUAGCUGAGAUACAAGCGAAAAUCUGUCUCCUCAAAGCAGAGGUUUUCUUAAAACAGCAAUUCAAAGCUCACAAUGCCUUGGCUCAUUUUGAUGAUGACAAAUUUUCUGAAGUCAAUAUGAUCUUCACUAGCCUGAGAGCAUUUACCAAAGGUCCAUGUAAGCAAGGGCAGACCGAAUUCGUAAUGCAGAGUUUGGUACUCGCUGAAGAAAUGGCAAAUGAGAUAAGUUCCCUUCAGAGGUCACUUUAUUUUCUGAGGAUAACUAGUCCUGUGGUAAAACACUCUCUUCAGCAUUUGCUUUUUAAGGUAAUAUUUUUCAAGGCCGAGUCAGUUUUAUCUGAGUUGUUGGGGAUUGAAGACACUUUCACAGCUGAAAAGAUCGAUCAAAGUCAAUACCUUGUUGAGAAGCUUACAUAUUUUAAAGGGAUUGUGAAAGUCAUGCUGGCAAAUAACCCUUCAGAUGAUGAAGGCGUCAUCACAGAACUUGAAGUUGUUGUUAGGGAGAUAAUAAUACUUCUCUCUUGCUCGUAUCUCCCUGAUGACAAGAAGUUCAAGGAAAUUGUCCAUUCAUUGCCUCAAUUGCUAGAUAAGGUGAACAAUGUUGGGGCUAAGGUGCUGGAAAUAGGCCAGCAUCUAGUGAAGUGUGUCUUCCCUAAAACCUUUGAACUUGGUUUCUUGGAUUUCCUAUGCAGCAACAUUAGGGAGCUUCUGAUACAUGAUCCUGAGUCAAUUAUAUCCGUCGAUUAUCUCAUUGAGGAAGUUUUAUCUUAUGCAGACUCUUUUAAAUUGUUCCUCAUGAAAAUAAAAGCUUCAAUUGUUGAGCUGGGAGACAUAAAGAGUUUCGCGAAUCACAUCAUGAAUGUGGCAUAUAAACUGGAAUAUGUUGUUGAGUCAAUCGAAGUUGAUGGCUGUUUGAAGCUCCAGAAAUUAGUAUGGUUGAAUGAUCUGCUAGAGGAUAGUAGACGCAUUGAUAGGCUCAGUGAAGUCCAUGUUUCUAAGUGUGCUACCCAGGUAGAGAAUCUCCCACAGAUUUCAUCGCGGACAGUGUUACGAAAUUCUACACCAGAAAAUAAUGAUGUGCUUGUUGAUCUUGUUGACGAGGAAAAUGUUAUUGUUGGGAGCCUCAUCCACGGGUCCUCACAGAGAGAUGUUCUUUCGAUUGUUGGUAUGCCUGGUAUUGGCCAGUUUGAAGUGCUUACUAGUGAUAUUAUCAAGCUGACCGAUCAUGACCUCAUGUCGAAGUUACGCCGAACCUUGUUGAGAAACAAGUAUCUCGUUGUUUUGGAUGACAUAUGGGACAUUGCAGCCUGGAAUGACUUGGAAAAGUGUUUCCCUGAUGACAGCAACGGAAGUAGAAUUCUAAUAACCAGUCGCAACCAGAAUGUGAUCUCUAAAAUAAAACCUGACAGUGAACCACAUCUUAUUCGUAAAUUUUCUGACGCGGAAAGCUGGAAGUUGUUACAAGACAGGAUAUUUAAAGGUUCAAGCUGCCCUGAAGAACUGUUGGAUGUGGGAAUGGAGAUAGCUCAACAUUGUCAAGGAUUGCCACUUGCUGUUGUCGCAAUAGCCGGUAUUCUCCAGAAAUUAGAAUACAAAAAGGAUCUAUGGGGAAAUGUCUUGAAAAGUUUAAGGUCAGAGAUAAUCAGCAACUCAGAAAAUCGUUGUAUGGAAAUUUUAGAGCUGAGCUACAAGCAUCUGCCUCCACAUUUGAGAGCAUGCUUUAUCUAUUUGGGAGUUUUCCCUCAGGACAAAGACAUUCCUGUGAGCAAGUUAAUGUACUUCUGGAUGGCAGAAGGGUUUAUUCAAGAAGCCGAGUUAAAGAGCUUGGAGGAUGUAGCAGAGGAGUACUUGAUGGAGUUGAUAAAUAGAAGCCUGGUGAACAUUGACAAAACAAGAUCUAAUGGAAAAGUCAAAUCAUGUCGUCUUCAUGAUCUAUUGCACGAUAUGUGCCGCUUGAAAGCAAAGGAAGAGAACUUCCAUCAAUUCGUGACCACGCAUGAUGAACCAUACGCAUCCAUCCCUGAUUCAGAAUAUGAUAUGGAGUUUGAUAGUAAGAUUUUUCCAGCUCCUGUAAUUGUUGAAAGCUACAGAGUGAGCUUUAAUGUGAAACGCCGACAUUUCAUCAAUUCAAGACCUUCUGACCUGGUAGCACGGUCCUUGACAUUCUUCGCAUUUUCUGAUUCAGAACCUAAAUGUCCUUAUGACAUUUCCUUCAUUUGCCACAACUUCAUAUCACUUCGGGUUUUGGAUUUGGAAUCUAUCAUGGCAAUCAGCUUUCCCUUGGAAGUAGGACAAAUGAUUCAGCUCAGAUAUUUAGCUAUCAGUGGUUAUAUGCAAUCUAUUCCGCCAUCAAUAUCCAACUUGAGGAAACUGGAGACAUUGGUUGUGAAGGGAACACAAGGCAAAGUCAUCUUACCAGAAACUAUUUGGAGCAUGACAAGGUUGAGGCAUCUUCAUGUGGAUAAUCAUGUCCUUUUUGACUUGCAAGAUCCUGAUGAAGAUGAAGGAAGUCUUUUCAUUUGGAAAAUUUAUGGAACUCCUGAUUCUGGUGACUUUGUCCUCCCAGAAAGUCUGAAGAAGCUGACUCUAUCAAACUUCUGCCUACAAGAGAAUCAUCUUUCUGUAAUUGCGCAAUUACCUAAUCUCGGAGUUCUAAAAUUGCAUGCUGGAGACUUUGAGGGGCAGAAAUGGGAGAUGCAGGAAGAUGAAUUCAAGGACCUCAAGUUCUUAGAAUUAGACACCAUGAACCUUGUUGAAUGGAAUGCCUCAAAUGAUCACCUUCCCAGCCUAGAACAUCUUGUAUUACGCAAUUGCAAGGAUUUGAGGAGAAUUCCUUCCGACUUUGCCUAUAUUGCUACACUGCAAAAAGUUGAAGUACAUUGGUGCGGGCAAUCUAUGGAAGCGUCAGCCGAAGAAAUUGGUGACGAAAUCCCAGAGAUAAAAGUCAUUAUCAGUUGCUUAUAA